UGAGUUUGAUAUUUCCAGUCCACUCUCCACUGCCACCACCACUUCUUUCUCCCACAAUAGCGAAGAAGAGCCCAAAUUGAGAAAACAACAAAAGCACAGCAGCUCCGCUGUGGUCGUGGUGGUUUUGUUUUUCUAUAAUUAUCCGACAAGGACCCAUCAACGUUUCUGCGAGAAGGGAAGCUUCUCGUGGCUGGAUCUCACUCGCAUUUGCCCUGGGAAAAAAAAGGGUUUCAUGAACGAAAUUCAUAGUGAAUGUCUUGUUGACAUUGCUAAGCUUAGAGCGGCAACCUCUAAAACAAAAACAAUUCACUGAAGGCCUUUCUUUGGUGAAUUACAAUACAUGAACACCAAAGUUAGGUGACUCUUUUUAAGGUCAUAUUUGCCUUUUUUUGGUCCAUCCAUAGAGAACGGAGAGAAAGGGCCUGUCUUUGCUUCAUUGUUCAUUGGAAACUUUGUUACAUAACAAAGUGCCAGGAUGGUUGCACAGGGGUUCACUGUUGAUCUCAAUAAGCCUCUUGUCUUCCAGGUUGGACAUCUGGGAGAAGCUUAUGAGGAAUGGGUUCACCAGCCUAUUGUAAGCAAGGAAGGCCCUCGAUUUUUUGAGAGUGAUUUUUGGGAGUUCUUGACUCGUACAGUCUGGUGGGCAAUUCCAGUUAUUUGGCUGCCAGUUAUAUGUUGGUGCAUCUCAAUGUCUGUGCGAAUGGGCCACACACCUUCUGAGAUAGCCUUAAUGGUGGGUUUUGGCAUUUUCAUCUGGACAUUGCUGGAAUACAGUUUACACCGCUUUGUUUUCCACAUCAAAACAAAGAGUUAUUGGUGGAACACCAUCCACUAUCUUAUUCAUGGCUGUCAUCAUAAGCACCCUAUGGAUGGUUUGCGGCUCGUUUUUCCUCCAGCUGCUACAGCUGUUCUCUGUUUGCCAUUCUGGAACUUGGUCCAACUUGUAGCCACUCCCUCAACUGCUCCUGCUUUGUUUGGAGGUGGUUUAUUGGGUUAUGUUAUGUAUGACUGCACUCAUUAUUACUUGCAUCAUGGUCAGCCUUCAAGUGGAGUGCCUAAAUAUCUCAAGAAAUACCACUUGAACCAUCACUUCAGGAUCCAGAACUUGGGCUUUGGAAUUACUUCGUCUCUAUGGGACAAGUUGUUUGGAACAUACCCAGCAGGGAAAGUGGUUGAAAAGAGUAGAUAGGUUAAUUUGGAGGUGCAUUGCAGCAUUACGAGGAUCAUGGUGGGUUUCCAAGUAUCAUCCCAAACAUUAUGUCUUCUCCAAUCAAUUGAUUUAUAGUAAAUGUUAAUCUGGGGUUUUAGCAUGUUGGUGGAUAUUAUGAAUUUUGUGGUGUCAUUUUCCUCUUGAGAAAUCCUCGUGUAAAAUUUAGUUUGGCAGUUAUUGUUGUUGGUGAAGAGAAAAAGUUCCAUUGCGUCUA